GGCACGUCGGGGCGCGGCGGCGGGUCCAGGAGCGGCGGCGGUCGGUGCUGCGGCCCCGGAGGCGCUGACCCGGCUCCGGGGAUGCACCUGAACGCCACGGCCCCGGCCGUGCCGGGCGGCCCCUUCCACCUGCACCCCGGCGGCUAUGCCAACGGCUCCAACCGCUCCGACUUGCUCCCCAAAGGGCCCGACGAGGAGGACUUGGACGUCAACACCGACAUCUACUCCAAAGUGAUGGUGACCGUCAUCUACCUGGCUCUUUUCUUGGUGGGCACCGUGGGCAACUCCAUCACGGCGUACACGCUGGUGCGCAAGAAGUCUCUGCAGAACCUGCAGAGCACCGUGCACUAUCACCUGGCCAGCCUCGCCUUCUCCGACCUCCUCAUCUUCCUCCUCUGCAUGCCCAUCGAGCUCUACAACUUCAUCUGGGUCCAUCACCCCUGGGCUUUUGGGGGGGCUGUCUGCAAGGGCUACUACUUCCUCCGGGACGCCUGCACCUACGCCACGGCGCUCAACAUCGCCAGCCUCAGCGUGGAGCGCUACAUGGCCAUCUGCCACCCCUUUAAAGCCAAGAGCAUCAUGUCCCGCAGCCGCACCAAGAAGUUCAUCAGCUGCAUCUGGAUCGCCUCGUUCCUCCUGGCCAUCCCCAUGAUCUUCACCAUGGGGGAGAUCUACGGCAAGGACCAGAAUCCCGACUCUCUCAUCUGCACCACCAUCGUGGACGCCUCCACGCUGAAGACGGUCAUCCAGGUCAACACUUUCAUCUCCUUCGUGUUCCCUAUGGUCGUCAUUUCUGUGCUCAACACCAUCAUUGCCAACCAGCUCAUGGUCAUGUUCAAGCAGGCUGCCCAGGAGAACCAGGUGUGCACCAUCGGUGGGCAGCAGACCAUGCUCAGCAUGUCCAUGGAGCCCGGCCGCGUGCAAGCCUUGAAGCACGGUGUGAGGGUCCUGCGUGCUGUGGUGAUUGCCUUCGUGGUCUGUUGGCUCCCUUAUCACAUACGGCGUCUCAUGUUUUGCUACGUCCCCUCCAGUCACUGGACAGAUUUCCUUUUCAACUUCUACCACUACUUCUACAUGCUGACAAACGUCCUCUUCUACGUCAGUUCGGCGAUCAACCCCAUCCUCUACAACCUGGUGUCUGCAAACUUCCGACAGAUCUUCCUCUCUACACUCACACUCCUGUGCCUGCCGUGGAGGAAGAAGAAGAAACGACUGGCCUUCACCAGGAAAUCCAACAGCAUCUCCAGCAACCACACAUUUUCCAGCCAGGUCACAAGGGAAACUACAUACUGAUGCCAAAGGAAGAAGGGAAACGCAUUUCAUCGUGGAGUCGAAACUUGAGAGAGGCCUCUGUGACUUUCAUGCACGGUCUCUGAAUUCACGUGACACCAAUGUGUUUAGCAAAGUCCUUUUUGUUGGAAAAAUAGGCUUCAUUGUGCCAGUAACUUUGAGGUUAUUUUAAAGCAUUGGCCUUGCCUCUUGUGCGUAAUGUCUACAAGUUUUGUAACUUCAGUCUGGCAUAAAUCCAGGUGCAGUGUUAGCUGGGAAGCCCAAAUCUGUUCAACUUAGGUAAAAUCAUACUGCAUUUCAUCCUUUUCUCAGCACAGAGAUGCCAUGUGCACAUCCAAGGGUUCGAGACCACGUGUCUCAGUGGCACCAGAGUGUGAAUGAGGAGGAAGCAGUUCCAAACAGAAAGGGAUAUUUGUGGAGAACGGAUGUGCUCAUCUAGGAGCUCUUCAAUGAAUGAGUGAAAACUCAGGGAGCCAGGUGGUUAUUUUAGAAAUAUGUCUAAAUUAUGAUUAAUGUGACUGAGGUGCUCAAGAGAGCCACUCUGGCUUCUUGAAAUUAAAUAACAGAUGAUGCCUUACCUAGAUUGGGGUGGCUGUGGCCGGGGGGAAUGGGAGUCAUCUUUCACUUUAGGGCACACAUAGUGCCUGGCACAGUGAACCCUCUCUCUUGUGGGUAUUGCUACUGCAGCACCAAUAAAUAACAAAGUCUCUGGCAAAAUCAAGAAUGCAGAAACUGUGCCCAGCUGGAGUGCUGAUAUCAAACAGAAAUGGAAAAUCUUACUAUUGCUAUACAGCCAACCCCCUUUUUUUUUACCAGGGAGAACAGUGAGCUGUCCUACAUGAAGAAGUAAGAAAACUCCAGGCUCAUGAGGGCUCCAGGCUGCUGAGUUAAGAGCAACCUGCCCCAGUUCUGUGGGACCUUCAGAUUUUUCCUGUUCUUAUUCGAGUUCUACUUGUUUCCUCCCCAGUUCCACAAGGAUGAUGUCUCAUAGGUUUCCAGUUGUAGGCUCAUGCCUGCCAUGUUCCACCUUUAUUUCUUUUUGCUACCAGACCUGUUGGCACACUGAUCUGCACACACAAAUCUUCAAGUAGCACAAAUGACAAACAUAAGAAGACCUAAGCUGGGGUGUUUUGCUUCUAAACCAAUGUUUAACAAGCCAGAGGAACAGAAGCAAAACCUGAAAACUCUCUUUGACAUUUCCCAGCUGGUCAGGAUAGGUAACAUGAGCUUUUCUCCCAUAUGGUUGCAUCUCUAAUAGCCCACUAUGUGAUGCAGCAAAUUGCUCCAGAGCCUGUAGCACCAGAAAUCACAGGCCUUUGGGCCAAGCUAAAGGGCUUUCCCUGCUGUCACAUCAACAGGUGGUAAUGUUCCUCAACCUGGAACCAACUAAUCGUCCUGUGCAACCUCUGCUGUGAUUUUGCUGGUGGUGACCUUGUGUCUCCUUUCACAUUACACUUCAUUGGAGAACAGGGUUUGCCUCUUUAUGAUGACAAACUAGAAGAGUUGCUUGGCUCAGUUCAGCUUUCUGGGCUUUGCCCAUACCCUGUCACUCUUCAGCUAAUGAGCAUCCACAGUCUCAGUGCUGGAGGUGUGAAUCUGGCCCCAGUGACCCAUCCCACAAUGAUGGAGACCAGUUACUGAGCCACUGAGUACUAAUGAUUCCCGCUACAGGUGUGAUAUCUCAUAGGUUAGUCCCUGUUGGGCUCAGGGCAUAGAGCAAACACCUGUGGGCCAUUCACUCUGAGUUUCAAGCAACAGCUGCCUACUUCCAAGGCAUUUAUAACCUGGCAGUUGCACAAAGCUAACUACCAUGGUAGACCUGGCUACCAUCAACUAUGACCUCCAACCACACCUACCAGAAAUGAGAGAUUUCUUCAAUGCCUAGUAGAGAACCCCUCCAAAAGAAAGGGCUCAAAAUAGGAACCAGUGGGGCUUUAGUUUUUAUGUGAUUCAGCCGACAGGCUCUGUCCUGUCAUGCCUUCUUUUAAUUUCUUGCCCUGGUUGUACCAAACAGAGGGCAGAGAUUAUAUUUGACAAAGCACUUUGGUUGCUCAUGCACAGUUGAUUCCUCUUUGGUAAGAAAAACAACAGCACAGACAUGGAAGAAAAAGGUAAGAAGGAAAGUGGUCUGUUUGGAAGGGUAUUCUGUGAGAAACCGUCAAAUGUUAUCUGUGUGUGUGUGUUAGAAAUGGCUGAGAUGGGUUGGAAGAAGCAGCUCUAGAAUACCUGUGGUUACUGCCUUGUGGGAAAGUCCAGGUAAGAUGAGCAGAGGAAGAGGAGUCUUAAUGUCAUCCACUUAACUUUGGCCUUCCAGGCAAGACACUUUCAAUUUUUCUGGAGUGGACCCAGACUUUUUUUAACUUCACCCCUAAGUAGAGUCAACAGCUGGGAGAUGGUUUCUGAAACCUCCCACAGAAGCUGUAAUUGUGUGUUGCUUUGACUUUUAUCAGGAUUUAACAUCCUGUGUGUCUCAGUUGCUUUUGGAAUGUUUAACAUUAUCAAGAUACCUGUUCAACACCAACCUGCUGAAAUGUGCUUGAUUAUCUCAGAAAACACUGGACAAGAAAUGUCCUUCCACCUAAGAUGCUUGGCUUAGAUUUUCAUUACUGAGAUACACUGGCAGCUUACAGAAUAUUUGAUCACAGCUCAGAGAAACUGUGAGGUUUAUUUUUGGUUUGACAUGAAAAUGGGAACGAGAGGGAGUAGAAAUGAAUUUAUCAUGAACUCUUUCUGCAAUGCUUGUUGGGCCACUCGAGUCCUGAAGAGAUGACUGGAGGGAUUUAUCCAAGCAGUUUGCUGGCUUCUACAGCUCUGUUCCUGCAGUUUAAUGUGGAGCAGACCUGAGUCUAUGGCCUUAAUCUGAGAUUGCAGCUCCAAGCUACCUCUUUCACUGGCCAAACCUGACUAUCUUGAGCUGAGAAGUACAAGUUACAGCUGUUUUCAUUCUCUCUCCCCUCCUCACCUAGUUUUGCCACGUUUACCUAGAGAAUUGUUUCUGUUGAGCUCAAAGUGAGGAUAACUCACUGCAAGAUGGUUUUGAGAAGGAAAGCAUGACACCAUAGAGAAGAAAAAGGUACAAACUGCCCAAUAUAUACCAGAAAAAUGGUUCUUUCCAUGCCUUUUAACAACAUUUGAUCUAGUAACAACAAGGCUUAACUUUAAACCUAAGGGAGUGCAAGUGGCUUUUGCCAUCAGACAAAAUGCAUAUUCCAUCCUUUGUAUUCCUGUCUUGUCUGAGUCUCUGCUGGGGCAGAGAGAUGAGUUUUGGUGCAGUGUGCUCUUUAUCUAUGCAAAUUUCCUGGGAGAGUUUUGGACUGUUUGUUUUGACUAAAGAAACCCAUCUUUCGAACCUACUGAUGUGAAGUGCUGCCAGAUGGACUGUGAGAAAUUCCCAUCUGAAGAGAGUCUACAGAGUGACCUCUUCAAAUAACUGGUUUGAGGUUUGGUUUCUCUUCACAGUCCUCUUGUCAGGGUAUCCAUUGGGCAGUGUGUGAAAUCAGAUUUACAAAGUCAUUAAACUGUUUGGAAACUUCCCCCAGACAGGACUUUCUCACCAAAGUCCCAGGAUGUGUCUGAAUGCUCUGCUGAGCUUGUCUUUUUGGUGAAGUGCACAGGCCUCACUUCAGCCAUCACACCCCUGAAGGAGAAAGUGAGUGAGGAGGAUUAGCAGGACACAUGCUGAUAACAUGACAACAGCAGGACCUUUGCAUUCAUAGCAUCAGUCCUUGAGUGAAAUACAACCCAAGGUGUGCUGUUGCUGCAGACAGCUUUUGUGGCAGGUUUGACCCCAUCAUCUGCCAUUGCUUCCUGCCCUUGGGGAGGGACAGACACUGGAGCUCUCCUCUGCAACACCUUGAAUGUUAGUCUGGUAUCUUCUGGUUGUGUUGUUUGGUAGCUGUUGUAUCUUCUGGAGCUCUGUCUGGUUCUUAAACAUUGCAGCUCAACAAGUUUCUUCUGUUCUCAGUCUGGAUUCGUUUAGUAUGAAAACAGAAAUUGCUAAUCCAAAAUGUCAUGAUGCUGUGUCCUGGCUUUGUGACCAAGAGUCCUUCCCCAGCUGUGCCACCUGAUAGUCCUGCACAUAUUGUAUUUAUAGCAAACAUAUUUUUUUUUCAAGUGCACCUUUUAUUCUUUGAUUUUUCUGCAAUACAAGUUGUUGAUGUGCUUUAUUUUCUGUGGCCUGUUGUGCAAUGGGAAAAAAACCAAACAUGAAUGUUAAAAGUGUGUCAGCGUCUCCUUUGUAGUAUUUUCUGUGACAAAGGGAAAGAAGAGGGUGUGAAAUCCUUCUGUGUGGCAAUGGGAAACACUCUUUCAGUAUAACAUGCUACUAUUGAUACUGUAUUUACUGACCAAACUGUAAUGAAGUGGUUGCUUCCUGAUGUAGCCUUUGUAUGAUAUGGUAUUUGAUUCUAUUUUUUGUCUCUUUUUUUUGGUUUGAUCCUAAGAAAUAAAUGUUCAAAUUUCUGG